GCUCUCUCUUACAACUCAACACGACUAGCGUCAUCAUCAGAUGACAAGACAGUCAGGAUCUGGGAUGCGAACAGCGGCGAGUGCUUGCAAGCGCUUGAGGGGCAUGGCAGCUGUGUUAGCUCAGUGGCCUUCUCGCACGACUCAACACUGUUGGCAACAGCAUCGUACGACAGCACCAUCAAGGUGUGGGAUGCGAGUAGCGGCGAGUGCCUGCAAACGUUUGAGAGCCAUAGCUUUGGGGUUACCUCAGCGGCCUUCUCGCAGGACUCGACACGACUGGCAUCAGCGUCGCACGAUAGCAAAAUUCGCAUAUGGGAUACGACCAGCGGCGAGUGCGUACAGACACUUGAGGGCCAUAGCGUUGGGAUCAGCUCAGUGUCCUUCUCGCAAGACUCGACACGGCUAGCAUCCGCAUCGUACGACGGAACCGUCAAGAUCUGGAAUGCGAGCAGUGGCGAGUGCUUCCAGACGUUC